GGUCCUGCGUCAGAUGGAGGAGGAUGGCCUGCCUGUGGACGAGCUGUUCAGUCACUGUGUGUUCAGGCAGGAUGAGAGGGACAUGGUGCUCAGGGCCAUCCACACCGUGCAACCAGACUUCCAGCCCAGCGUCAACACUAUCCUGCAAACCUGCUCCUCACCACUAGUCAAAGACUUCUACACAGAGGUAGGACACAAGUCAACCCAUGAGUAGAGUAGAGUAGACACCUCAACCCAUGAGUAGAGUAGAGUAGACACCUCAACCCAUGAGUAGAGUAGACACCUCAACCCAUGAGUAGAGUAGACACCUCAACCCAUGAGUAGAGUAGACACCUCAACCCAUGAAUGGAGUAGACACCUCAACCCAUGAAUGGAGUAGACACCUCAACCCAUGAGUGGAGUAGACACCUCAACUCAUGAGUAGAGUAGACACCUCAACCAAUGAGUAGAGUAGACACCUCAACCCAUAAGUAGAGUAGACACCUCAACCCAUGAGUAGAGUAGACACCUCAACCAAUGAGUAGAGUAGACACCUCAACCCAUAAGUAGAGUAGACACCUCAACCCAUGAGUAGAGUAGACACCUCAACCCAUGAGUAGAGUAGACACCUCAACCCAUGAGUAGAGUAGACACCUCAACCCAUGAGUAGAGUAGACACCUCAACCCAUGAGUAGAGUAGACACCUCAACCCAUGAGUAGAGUAGACACCUCAACCCAUGAGUAGAGUAGACACCUCAAACCCAUGAGUAGAGUAGACACCUCAACCCAUGAGUAGAGUAGACACCUCAACCCAUGAGUAGAGUAGACACCUCAACCCAUGAGUAGAGUAGACACCUCAACCCAUGAGUAGAGUAGACACCUCAACCCAUGAGUAGAGUAGGCACCUCAACCCAUGAGUAGAGUAGACACCUCAACCCAUGAAUGGAGUAGGCACCUAAACCCAUGCGUAGAGUAGACACCUCAACCCAUGAAUAGAGUAGACACCUCAUCCCACGAGUAGAGUCGACUAGAAUAGAGUCAAAUAUAAUAAUUAUCACAUAUAUAGUAAGUAGAUAUGACAUAGAAUAGAACACUACUUCCAUUGUUGGAGACAGAAAUGUCUCUUUGGCCCCCUUCCUUGCGUCUUCUCAGUCCAUGCCUGGAGGGCUCUCUGAAAGCAGUGGUUGGACUACGUCAUGUUUUUAUGUCCUAUAACAAGCUCUAUGAAAUCAUGGUGCAUUAGCUGCAUGUAUUUUUGAACAUACAGAGUACACUUCUUUUUAGACCUCAUGUUGUUGUCCUACAUACAGUCUGUUGGUAGAGCAAAGGAAAACAAUAUUCGGGAACAGAGAAAGCUUGAUGAAUUUAUUGAUGAUGACAUCAUCAUAGAAAAACAACAACUGACAAAGUAGGGUUCAAGGAGUAGUGAUGAAGUGGGUGUUAAAUAAGUGCUUAGUUGGGCUGACUGUGUAGAGUUGGAGCAGGAGUGUGAAUGAGGAAUGUGCCUGCCAGGAGACCCUAGCACUAGCAGCAUGACUAUGAAUGAUAUGAUUGUCACUCCUCCUUUCAGACAGGUGUCAUGGUAUCCAUUUUUAGACGUGGUGGCAAAACGCUGCUCUCUAUCUGGAGGUGCUGCUUUGCUCUGCUUCCUCAUGUGAUUCAUUUCCAGCCUUUUUACAGUACAGGGUUGUAUUUUUAGCAGUGCUUGCACUACGUUCAUUCUCUUAUUUUUAGUGUUGGGAGAAAAAUUGGUAUAGUUACAUAUCGGGAUAUUAUUUUUGAUGAUCUAUCGUAUCGUUUUGACAAUAUCGCAAUAUUAUUUUUGCACUAGUUGGCUGUACCUGCACCAAAACUCCAUUAUUUUUCCUUCAUAGCUUGUUCUCCAUUAUCUUUUUUAAUAGGCAGCCAAUUUGCUUUUAGUACUUCUAUUUCCAUGACUGAUCAAAACGUUUUAUCUUGGCUCCCUCUUUUUUGGAACAUUGAAUCGCAAUAAAAUCACAGUAUCGAAUCGCAAUACAUAUCCUAUCGGCACCAGAGUAUCGAGAUAAUAUCGUAUCGUGAGGUCCCUGGCAAUUCCCAACCCGACUUAUUUGUCAGGCUGACAUUUUGCAGGGUGCCAUGCCAGUAAUGAUAUGCCUGGCUCUCUUCCUGUUAGGUCUGUGACUGUCUUGGAAUUUGAGGUUAGGUAAUUUGCCAGGCCAAUGCACAUGGUCACCAACAUAACCGUGGAUUUUCUCUGCAACUUCACUAUUACCAUUACACUUAGUUAUUAUCAGGAGCAUUUCAUUAUUAUUAUUCAAGUUAUUACCUCUAAAUAUUAGUCUAGUAUACAGAUUAAGAAUUGGAGAGGAUUGUAACAUUUUCGUAUUAACACAAUGUAAAGCAUAGGCUAUCAGACUCAAAAGAAACGUGGAAUUUCACUAUUGAAUUACACUUACUGGUUUUUCCAUUUCUUUCCUUUUUCCUUUAUUUUUCGUAUGUGUCCAAUUUGUUUAAAUGUAUGUUACAAUUUGUCUCAGGCCUAUAAGGCCCUAUGUAAAAAGGGGACUUGACAAUUCUUUGUACACUUGUUUACAUGGAUAUGCUUCUUAAUAGAACCUACAGUGGGGGAAAAAAGUAUUUAGUCAGCCACCAAUUGUGCAAGUUCUCCCACUUAAAAAGAUGAGAGAGGCCUGCAAUUUUCAUCAUAGGUACACGUCAACUAUGACAGACAAAUUGAGGAAAAAAAAUCCAGAAAAUCACAUUGUAGGAUUUUUUAUGAAUUUAUUUGCAAAUUAUGGUGGAAAAUAAGUAUUUGGUCACCUACAAACAAGCAAGAUUUCUGGCUCUCACAGACCUGUAACUUCUUCUUUAAGAGGCUCCUCUGUCCUCCACUCGUUACCUGUAUUAAUGGCACCUGUUUGAACUUGUUAUCAGUAUAAAAGACACCUGUCCACAACCUCAAACAGUCACACUCCAAACUCCACUAUGGCCAAGACCAAAGAGCUGUCAAAGGACACCAGAAACAAAAUUGUAGACCUGCACCAGGCUGGGAAGACCGAAUCGGCAAUAGGUAAGCAGCUUGGUUUGAAGAAAUCAACUGUGGGAGCAGUUAUUAGGAAAUGGAAUACAUACAAGACCACUGAUAAUCUCCCUCAAUCUGGGGCUCCACGCAAGAUCUCACCCCGUGGGGUGAAAAUGAUCACAAGAACGGUGAGCAAAAAUCCCAGAACCACACGGGGGGACCUAGUGAAUGACCUGCAGAGAGCUGGGACCAAAGUAACAAAGCCUACCAUCAGUAACACACUACGCCGCCAGGGACUCAAAUCCUGCAGUGCCAGACGUGUCCCCCUGCUUAAGCCAGUACAUGUCCAGGCCCGUCUGAAGUUUGCUAGAGUGCAUUUGGAUGAUCCAGAAGAGGAUUGGGAGAAUGUCAUAUGGUCAGAUGAAACCAAAAUAUAACUUUUUGGUAAAAACUCAACUCGUCGUGUUUGGAGGACAAAGAAUGCUGAGUUGCAUCCAAAGAACACCAUACCUACUGUGAAGCAUGGGGGUGGAAACAUCAUGCUUUGGGGCUGUUUUUCUGCAAAGGGACCAGGACGACUGAUCCGUGUAAAGGAAAGAAUGAAUGGGGCCAUGUAUCGUGAGAUUUUGAGUGAAAACCUCCUUCCAUCAGCAAGGGCAUUGAAGAUGAAACGUGGCUGGGUCUUUCAGCAUGACAAUGAUCCCAAACACACCGCCCGGGCAACGAAGGAGUGGCUUCGUAAGAAGCAUUUCAAGGUCCUGGAGUGGCCUAGCCAGUCUCCAGAUCUCAACCCCAUAGAACAUCUUUGGAGGGAGUUGAAAGUCCGUGUUGCCCAGCGACAGCCCCAAAACAUCACUGCUCUAGAGGAGAUCUGCAUGGAGGAAUGGGCCAAAAUACCAGCAACAGUGUGUGAAAACCUUGUGAAGACUUACAGAAAACGUUUGACCUGUGUCAUUGCCAACAAAGGGUAUAUAACAAAGUAUUGAGAAACUUUUGUUAUUGACCAAAUACUUAUUUUCCACCAUAAUUUGCAAAUACAUUCAUUAAAAAUCCUACAAUGUGAUUUUCUGGAUUUUUUUUCUUCUCAUUUUGUCUGUCAUAGUUGACGUGUACCUAUGAUGAAAAUUACAGGCCUCUCUCAUCUUUUUAAGUGGGAGAACUUGCACAAUUGGUGGCUGACUAAAUACUUUUUUUCCCUACUGUAUUUGAAACAAGCCAUUACACGUUAUUAUCAUGGCAUUUAAUUAUUAUUCAGGUUAUUACUUAUAAAUAUUAAUCUAUUUAUUAAGAAAUGCCAGGUUGGAGAGGAGCUAUCACAUUUUUCGUAUUGACACAACAUUCGCGCAUGACGGAGUCAAAAUAAAGAUAUGCCUAUCUUGUCCUUGUCUGUUGGCUUUAAUGCAAAAAAUUACAAAUUAUACGGAUCCUAUUUUGACGCACAAAUCCAUUCACAUGAAGUCGAUGGUUUCUUCAAAAUUUCCUGAAAUAUUCACAUAACGUCACAAACCCUGCUGCUGUGGUCAUUCAAUGGCAGUGGCAUUGGCAUAUGUUCUUUAAAGAGAGGACGCCGUAAUGAGAAAUAAUGUAGCCUAAGUGACUGAAAAUUGGCAUUUUACAAGAUUAAAUCAUGACAGGAAUGUUUGAUUCUUACUAAAGAGAUGGCGUCCAGACAGGCUACUUUAGAAAACUUUCUGAAUGAACAUAUAGGCCUAUAGACAGAAUCAGCAAACUCACACACACACACACCCCCAUAAAAGGACCCGUCAAUCAAAGCAACCAGCGUAUGUCAGACACAAGCAAAUAUUUAUCCUUUCCUUAAAACGUAUUUAAAAAGCUAGGCCUACCUUAGGCUUUCCUAAAGUAGGCUAUAAGAUAAUGAAUUGACAAGGGAAGUCUAAAGGGGAGAGAGACAGCGAUGCGAUAGUAUGAAAUUGACAAUCAUUAAAAUAGAAACAAAUGCACGUAAGAUUUCCAUAGCCUAUUUAUCAGCGUUGAUUGGUCUAUAAAUUAAGAAAAUAUUCUGUAUCAAAUUAUACCAUGCCAGGUUGGAGAGGACUGGCCCAUUGUCCAUUUGACACAACAGUAGUGCAUUAUAGGCCUCAGAGCCAGAACAAUCUUGUAUACUGCUGUUGAAUAAUUAAUGAAUAGUCAGACACAUCCAACCUUUUUUAAAAGAAGACUGAUGUUAUACAAAAAUAAAAAUGUUUUUCCCAAAAUUAAUUUAUUUUCAUGAUGGUCUUCAUCCAUAACUGUCAGUUACAUGGGUAUUCAAUUACUGUCACAGCCCUACUUCCUGUGUAACUAAGGGGGCUGGGUGGGGUGUACCAGGAGAGCAUAUGAUCUAUCAUAUCUUGGAAAGGUCAACAGAACACUGUGCAGCUGACUACAUGUAAAACAGGCCAAACGACAUAGGCGAUACGUACCAAAUGGCACCCUAUUAACUUUAUAGUGCACUACUUUUGACCAGGGCCUUGGGGCUCUGGUCAAAAGUAGUGCACUAUAUAGGGAAUAAGCUGCGGUGCCAUUGCAAACCCACCCGAGAUCUGCAACAUUUACAAUCUGCUACUGCUUUCAUAAUUGAGUACUGGAUGAGAGAGUUGUUGUUGUUUACUCAGUGCCAAGGUUUCAUAACACCGUCUCAUGAGAAGUCUCAAUUACUGUCGGCAAAAGCUCAUUAAAAUAUAAUUUGUGUAAUGUACUAUUUGGAAAAUGUAUGAAGUUGUAGGAAAUGCAGUUUGAUCUACUAUUUAGACAUUGUCAUUGGAGAUUUUGUUAUUUUUUUCUUAAUUGCCCUCACCCCCUUUUGAUUAGAUCAGUCGGGAUUUAUAUGUAUGCAAUGUGUUUCUAUACUUAUAAAGCACACAGCCAUCUUUGAGUGGUCAUUCAUUUUGGAGCCCUCUCCCGCCCUGGGCUAUGGCUUAGCUGACAGUUAUGUCUUUGCCAGGGGCCCUAGAAAACAGAGAGCGUGAGGAGAAGAAGAAGGAAAGGGAGAGAGGCGUGGUAGUUGUCCCAUUCUGGCCCAUGCUGAUAGCCGGGCAUCGCAUGGCACUGCUCCCUCUCUGGACAAGCUCAAAGCCCCUGGGCUGCAACAAGCAUCUGACUCACUUCUCCACACGCAAACAACGAUGCACAUGAACAAAUGCUUAUUAUUCAGUCCCCUCUCAUGGCCCAGCAUGAACUGCCGUAGACACACUGAAACACAAUGUGUGAGACCUACACAGAGAUGCGUCCAAAUACGUCAGUGUAUAUACUGUCGUUUCUCAGCAGCAAAGCUUGGUCUUAAAGAAAAGAUUAAGAGCCCAUCUACUCCAUAGAGAAGGUAGUAUUAUGCCAUGCUGUAGUGCAGUAGAGCCAAUACCCAAGUGAUGUAUCUCCCAGGUAACCUUUGUUUUGGCUGCUGUCCAAUAGCGUGCAGUCUCUUCUCCUUUUGAGGACAGAUUUAGUGUUUGUCUCCUGGGUUAAUAAUGCACCACACUGUACCACAUCAACACCUAUUGAAUGUGUUUACUGAUAAUACCCAGGUGUCCUUGCACAGGCUACUGACGCCCUCUUUCAAUAAUAAAUGACAACAUGUAAAAGCACACCUCUCAGUAUGUAGGCCUACUCCGUACCCUUCCUGCUGGACCACUUAGCCAGCUCUGUAUUUAUAUAGUCAGUGUAUAUGCGCUGUCCCUUUCUAUGGGUUUUUAAUUGGGUGGCUGCCAGACCUUUUUGGUGCUGGUUAAGCUUAAAGCAGCAGCACAUAAUGAUAUAAGCAUAUUUAUUUUUUAAUUAGCCACAGGGAGGGUGAUAGGAUGAAAGUUAAUUUGCAUAUCUACUGGCUGUUAAUUAAGGCUUUGUGAGUUUGGUUUGCAUUAGUUUGUGCCCUCGUUUCAUCCUUAUUUGUCUCUGUCAGGUGACUGCAGUGCCUUCACUCCAAGCACUACACACACCCGCCCUGUUGGGCCAGUAAGCAAAAGGUUGCUGGUUGGAAUCCCAGAGCCGACAAGGUGAAAAAUCGGUUUGUGCCAUUGAGCAAGGCACUUCAUCAUAAUUGCUCCAGAGUCACCGUUGAAUGGCAGACCCUGGCUGUGACCCCGCUCUCUGAGGGGUCUCGGGGAGAGUGGGAUAUGCAAAAAACACAUUUCCAAUUCACACACGUGUAUUAAUAGCCACUUGUACAUGUGUGAAGAAGGACAAAUAUAAGCACACACUACACACACAGAGAACUACACUGACUUUAAAUGUUACCAUCCAAUUCUAGAUGUAAACAUGUGAAUAUCCAUACUCCUAUGUAAAGACAUAUCAUUCGAUUUCUCUGAAAUGAAUUGCCAAUCGGUCAAGGUACCAGCCCACAGUAAUACAAUUUGAUGGAGCACACAGGACAUGACUAUACCUUUUAACACUGAGCAUAAUAAGCCAUUUGUUUUGCUUUAUAGUCUUGUGGUGCUGAGCGUCUAGUGAUUAAGGCUGGGUAAGGCUCUGUGUGUUGGAAGCAGACUGAGCUCUGUCUGCUUCUCCCUCUAUCAGCUCAGCACCCUGACCUGACAGAACCCUCCCCAUCACCACACUCCCUCAUUAUUCAGCACACACACCCUGUCUUUGGCCAGGAUUGUACACACACACACACAGCGUGGACACACUCCCACGCACACAUUCCAAAAUGUAUCAAAGCUAUGUGUGUAUUCUCCACGAGGAAACAUUGAUUUACCAGAAUGUAUCUACUAUUGAGUCUAAUAAUAGACAUUAGGUUUAAUGUAGGCUCCCUUCCAGUGUGUGUCUCCUGUGAUGCAAGGUAGUAGUCUCUCCCUGGAGAUCCCAGUCUGUUUAUGGCCCCCCUGACCCUCUUUUCUGUCUGUGUGUGUUUCAGAGGGUGGAUGCUAAAUACCCCAAGAUGGCCUUCAGCCUGGACGAGCUGCGGGAGAGGUUCAGCCGUCAGCUGAGCAUGGAGCAGGCCAGCACCAUCACCAUUCAUUCUGUGGAGGCCAUGAAGCCUGUCACCCCACACAUGGCCAAGAUGGUAAACAAACUGACCACCUACAGCUGGAGUUACACUGAAAUAUACUACUAUAGUAAUACAGUAUGGAAUAGUAACACUGAAAUACACUAUAGUAAUACAGUAUGGAAUAGUAACACACUGAAAUACACUAUAGUAAUACAGUAUGGAAUAGUAACACACUGAAAUACACUAUAGUAAUACAGUAUGGAAUAGUAACACACUGAAAUACACUAUAGUAAUACAGUAUGGAAUAGUAACACACUGAAAUACACUAUAGUAAUACACCGUAGUGAUGCACUGAAACACAACCAUGGUUUAUUUCUUAUUUAAUAUAGGAUCUCAAAUCACUUUACAUUGUUUGGGGGACAUUGUAUUUAAUCCAUUGCCAAUGACUAGUACUGUGCAAUUAACCGAAUGUCGGUUAUUUUUCUGUGAGCUCAAUGCACACAUCGCACAGAUUCUAUAGAGAUAAAUCAGGUCCAGCCUGAACUGUGCGAUGUAGUAUGGAGUUGUAGUUUCCAACAGGCCAAUAUUCUAAAAAUAGUUUUGCGCAUAAAAUGCGGUAAUUAACUACAAUCGCCAUAAUCCAUUUUGCAUCUACUUGUCCAGUCUGUGUUUCUUUUACGCUUCCUGCUACAGAAGAGAGAAGAAUGCGCGAUCGUGAGGUGAUUAUAGAGAGCAGCUGUAGCUUCGCGAGGUAUCUACCCUAAAAUACAUGAUCUAAGUGAUUGAUAGUUGGUAUUCAGCAGUCAUAAAAGUACGCCUUAUUUACUUUGAAGAACUACAAAAUAGUGAUUUUGUCAGACAGAAUAGGCAGCAGCUCUAUAGAGAUGAGAUGAUGACUUGGAAUGAAAUAAUAAAUAUACAGAACAACUGAAAUAUUUUAUUAAAGUAAUGUGAAUAAAUUAUGCUUAGUAAGUGAUAAGCAGUAAUGGACAGUCACUACCAUUAUGGGACUUUUAUUAAUUGUUUUAUUCUGUGUUACAGCAUUCAUGUAUUUUUUUUUUUAUAAACCCUUCUUUUCUUUUUUUUUUCCGAAACCAAACCAACCUCAAAAAACCCUAAUCGCUCAGCACUACCAAUGACAAAAUCAUAUAUUUUCAUGAUGUUGAUUUUUUUAUGUUCAGUCAGUGUCAACUGUGAGAAAAGUUUAUGUCCAGACUUUAGUGAAAACUUUGAACAUUAUACAUUGAGGCCACCAGACAUCAGUUAUAUUAUUCCUGCGAUGUGUCCCUCUCCCCAUAUCUCAGUGGUCUGGGGCCAGGCAUUGGCAUUUACAGUUUAAACUCUCCCUGCAUUUCCAGGCAAUGUUUCAGACUGGGAGCGGGAGGACGAGGGUCCCUGGUGGUCCUGCAACAUUUACAGCAGGCAAAGCAGAAUGAUAAUAUAUUGUAAUGGGGCUCUCCUGGGGAGGGAGCUGAAUCACCUUUACAGGCCAGGCCAGCCUAUCUGCUCGGUGUCAGCUGGGCUCUCUCCUCCUGGCAUGGAUGGGGAAUAUGACAGUCCCCUGGAUGGAGGGCUGACCUGGUUUUACAACCUGACUGGAGACUUCUGUUCUGUUCUCUCACCAUCUCUGAAUCUGAACACAUACAGAUUCACCAAAUAUAUUGGCACAUUUGCAUUAUUCACUAUUUAUUUCUCAAAUAAGUUGAAAUUGAAAAACCUUGUGUUCACACGUGUAUUUGUUUGAUUUACAACUGCACAGAACCCCAAAAAUGUAAUUUAUCUCAUCUGUGGUAAGUUGGAGGUGCCUACAGGGUAAAAAUAGCCAUUCAAUCCGUUUUUCAAAGAGAAAACAUAAUAUUCUGCUUCAUUGACCUCCAUUGAAAGAGUGCAAGAGUGGGCCUCCCGAGUGGCGCAGCGGUCUAAGGCACUGCAUCACAGUGUUGCGGCGUCACUACAGCCUGGGGUUCGAUCCCAGACCGGGAGUCCCAUAGGGCGGCGCACAAUUGGCCCAGCGUCGUGCGGGUUAGGGGACGGUUUGGCCGGUGGAGCUUUACUUGGCUCAUCGCGCUCUAGCGACUCCUUGUGGCUGGCCGGGCGCCUGCAGGCUGACUUCGGUUGUCAGUUGAACAGUGUUUCCUCCGACACUUUGGUGCAGCUGGCUUCCGGGUUAAGCAAGCGGAUGUUAAGAAUCGCGGUUUGGCGGGUCAUGUUUCGGAGCAAUGAGACAAGAUCGUAAUCACGAAAUUAGGGGAAAAAGAGGGUAAAAAUUACACAAAUAAAGUGCAAGGGUGCCAAACAUUGUACAAAACAUUAGGAAUACCUUCCAAAUAUUGAGUUGCACCCCAUUUUGCCAUCAGAACAGCCUCAAUUCGUCGGGGCAUGGACUCUACAAUGUGUCGAAAGCAUUCCACAGGGAUGCUGGCCCAUGUUGACUCCAAUGCUUCCCACAGUUGUGUCAAGUUGUCUGGAUGUCCUUUGGGUGUUGGACCAUUCUUGAUACACACGGGAAACUGUUGAGCUUGAAAAACCCAGCAGCGUUGCAGUUCUUGACACACUCAAACCGGUGCGCCUGGCACCUACUACCCAGGGUUUCCAUUAGGAAAAUGCGGCGCCACUACCCAGGAAACUUCCCAGUUGUCUUGAAAGCACCACAAGAUGCUGCAGCAGAAGCUCUUGCGCUGUCUGACAUAUUUUCCACUCAAAGGCUCCGUAUCUGUAUGCUGUACCUGUGUGAUAAAUAAGACACAUAACGAAUAUACUGUACACACGCCAAUUUAAUUCCACUAAAUUAUGCAAAUUAACAUAUAGACCGAAAAGCAUGACCAGUAUUUACAUCGACUGGUAUUUUCAUCAAUGAAGAGGCUAAAAACAUUAUUUCGCAAUGGGAUUUCUUCUUCUUCUCCCGGACAAUUGGCCGGCACAAUUAUUUUAUCGGACAAAAGCUGGCUAUUACAGGCUAAUGGAAACCCUGCUACUACCAGCCCCCGUUCAAAGGCACUUCAAUCUUUUGUCUUGCCCAUUCACCCUCUGAAUGGCACACAAACACAAUCCAUGUCUCAAGGCUUGAAAAUCCUUAUUUAACCUGUCUCUUCCCCUUCAUCUACACUGAUUGAAGUGGGUUUAAUAAGUGAUAUCAAUAAGGGGUCAUAGCUUUCACCUGGUCAGUCUGUCAUCGGAAGAGCAGGUGUUCCUAAUGUUUUCUACACUCAGUGUAUUUGGCAACUGUAUGUGCUGAAUACCACAGAACGACAGAUCUAAUGUGUUUUGUUGUUUAACCUUUAAGUCAAUUUUGAACUCAUGUCCAGAGUGGAUAUAAGGCAGAACAUGUUUUCAUCCACCAGAAAAACACAGGACCAUGCAGUAUUAGAGUGAGACCAUGUUGAUGGUGUUGUACGUGUCUGUUUCAGCGGCACCUUCUGACGGAGCAGCGGUUAGUGUGGCACAAAGCCCUGGUUGGGGCCCUGAGGGAGAGCAAGAUGAUCCUGGCCAGCAGCACCCAGAAGGCCGUCAGACUCAGCCUCUACCCCUACCUCUGUCUGCUGGAUGAAAAUGACUAUGUGGACAUCAUGGUCCAAGUAUAUAACCCCCUGAAUACUAUCAGUAUAUUGGACCUUGGGUCAUAUACACAUCUGUUGUUUUAAGUCGUACCUUUUUGAAAGGUAAUAAUCUGAAUGUUCCAAAGUUGAAUUUGGCUUUCCGCAAGGUUCUGUGCUUGGAUCCCUCAGGUAAAACCCACUGAAUCCCAGCAGUAUCUAUGACCUUGGGUCCUAUAGACCUCUGUUGUAUUUAGAGUUCAGGGUUGAGGUUUAUUUAGCAACUUUGUAGCAUUACAUAAAAUGUCAUUCUAUAAAAUACAGAUGAUCCUAAUCAUGUUGCUCUUUGUCUGUGGUCAGAGUCUGUCCAACCUGCCUCCCAGUGGGGAGUCUCUCCACGUCCUGGCCAAGGAGCUGGGCAACAGGGUCCACAACAAGUUCUGCAUCCGCAUGAAGGUACACAACCAGAUGGUGGACAAGCUUAGCCAUAUCUACAAUGAAUAUACUGAGCUACUGGCCAAUGACUCUAAGGUAUGACACUUCCACAUCUGGUCUUUAUCUGCAUGCAAUUAGAAGACAUAUAAAAUAAUUUACCUACUGUUUGACUUAAAGAAAACCUCCUUACUGUACCUUGCAGGAGUUUGAUGUAUUGCCUAGGGAGCGAUGGUGGAAGCUGGAGGCAGAGCAUAGCUCUGGUCCCUCCCUGCUGGGGGACGAGACCCACUGGCCUCAUGCGGUGGUGGUGGAGCUGGGUACCUACCUGGUGGACCUCAUGGUCAAGCACAUGAAGGUGAACAGCGACAUCCUCAACUCUGCCUACGACCGAAAGCUCAUCCCUGUGCUCUACCACAUGUAUACCUUCCGCAGUAACAAACAGGUAAAAAAUAUACUAGAGUGGAAGUGUUAGUUGAAGUGAUUUAUGGCAGUUAUUUUCUCCCAAUUUAUUCACCCAAUUUCCCAGGCUUAGGGUUGGUUCCUCAACUAAUUUUCGUGUCAUGCCUUAUUCUUCAUGUCGCCAUUUAUGAGCGAAAUCGAUUGGUAGUGCAGCAGUGAAAAGCAGCCAGAACAUAACAGGCGACCUUGGUUUUGGACAGGGCUGUCUGUCAUAGCUUCUCCAUCUGUCUUCAGCUCUCCUCUCUCACAGCUCAGCUCCCUCAUAUUACUCUCUCUGCCUGCACGGUCUGGGCUCAUAGGCAUAUGAAUAAUAAAACCGCUUUCCCUGCAAGAGUGGACGGCGGGUCAGUUGAGUAAGACGAAUGGCUUCCAAACAAAUCCUUUUUUUACUGUCCCCUUAAUUGGCUGGCUGAUUGACUGCCCUGGGAUAACUGACAAGGAAAUUAAGACACUUUCUAUUUUGUCCUCCGAGCCUCGUUCCUGGUGGGGAAAAAAGCGCCUGCUGCCGUCUCAACCUGGUGGACUUGAUGUGCUUUGACAGUGGAGUCCGCUGUGGGUUUCAAAGCUCGUCUCUGGCCACCCCUCCCGCUGCUGUGCUGGCUGAGGGGGAUAGAGGGUAGGCCAGCAGGGGUGCAGCCUAAUGAUUUUACAACAUGCACAGUUAGGCUCUGCCUGGUUGAUGGACUGGACUGAAUCUGUUAUAAUAUCUCUCUUUCUCUCUUUAGCUCUCUCUCUCUACACUGUUGGUUUAUACUGUAGUGCUCUACAAUGUUUCUGUCUGUCUGGGUUUGGAUGGUGAAGGCUUUCAGAGAGUAGCUAGUUCAUCUCCGGCUGUCACGUGAUUUAAAACUGCUAUGAACCAGACGCCUUAGCUGAAGCCAUGAUUAAUGUGUGUUGUCACAGCAAAUAAGUCUGCCUGUUUUACUGAAGCUUAAUUGAAACGUUCAGCUCUGUUUUGAGCAAAUAUUUGAUUGGACUGGUACUGUAGCUGUGUGUUUAUAUUUAAUGUAUUUAAUUGGAUCUCGUGUUGUGAUUGGCUCCAGGUCGGCUUCAUCAAGCCGCACCCCAUCCUGACGCAGAUGCAGCAGGAUGCCAUGGACACCACGCUGACCUUUGACUCCUACGUGAUGCCCAUGCUGUGCCCGCCCGUGCCCUGGAUCUCGGCUAAAUUUGGCGCUUACCUCCUCACCCCCACCAAGAUGAUGCGCGCAGUGGAAGGCGCCAACCAGCAUGAGAUCCUGCUGGAGAAGUGCCAGGACGCGGACCUCCACCCCGUGCUGGACUCCCUCAACCAGCUGGGCAAUGCAGCCUGGAGGAUCAACCAGCCCCUGCUGGACAUCAUCAUCUCCAUCUUCAACGACAAGGGCAGCGAGAAGCUGGACGUCCCGCCGCCCAACUCCGAGGCCCCCAAGAUCCCCCGCUACAACCAGCAGGACUCAGCCACCUUCACCUCAGCUGAGAAGGCCCACCUGAAGAGGGAGGUGGGCAAGGCCAAGAAGAAGUGCAGUGAGAUGCACAGCAUCAGGAUGGACGCCCUCUAUAAACUCUCCAUCGCCAACCACAUGAGGGACGAGGUCUUCUGGUUCCCCCACAACAUGGACUUCCGCGGGCGCACCUACCCGUGCCCGCCCUACUUCAACCACCUGGGCAGCGAUGUGACCAGGGCCGUCCUGGUGUUUGCGGAGGGGAAGCCCCUAGGGCCGGGCGGGCUGGACUGGCUGAAGAUCCACCUGGUCAACCUGACGGGCCUGAAGAAACGCAGCUCGCUGGCUGGCAGGCUGGAGUAUGCCAACACCAUCAUGGACGACAUCCUGGACUCUGCAGACAACCCCCUCAACGUCAGUCUGCUAACAAUGUUUUCUGUUUCUUAUCAUACUGUUGGAGCUCGUAGAUUGUGAUUAUUAUUCUACGCACUGGGAGAUAAUCUAACCAUUGAGUAAAAUGAUGUUGUGUAUCUAAUACUGCAUUGUCUAUGUGGUUGUGUGUGUUUCCAUGGCAGGGUAAGAAGUGGUGGCAGAAUGCAGAUGAACCCUGGCAAGCACUGGCCUGCUGUAUGGAGAUAGCCAAUGCCGUCAGAUCACCUGACCCCACACACUUCAUCUCCCACUUUCCUGUACAUCAGGUAAUGACGUUGACCUCUAACCCCUACCACUUGACCCUCCAUGUAGAUCUGAAAGGAUUAUAUAGGUAGGUGUAAGCAAUAUGGUCAUAUCGCCAUACUACCCUCUGAUAGGGUAGGUGGAACUUUUGCCUUACUGCUUACUCCUAGGGUCUAGGGGUCCAUUUUUAUUUCAACACCCUUCUAUAGCUGCUCCCAUUUACAACCUCUUAACGGGAAAUGUCUCACUCAUGCAUCAUACUGUUAUUUUAAAAGCCACGUCAAAGUUAACAAGGUAAUCAAUUGUUGUUUUUAUGUCACUUGACUUUGUGCUCAGUGGCUGCCCUGGCUGAUCCAGCCUAAAUGGUGUGUUCAGACAUCAGUUAGCUUCUGUCUGUUGGCUGGGAUCUGGCUGUGUAAUAGAGCCGGUGGUACAGCAAUCUGCAGGGGUAAGCACAAUCCAUGCCCAGUUAAAACCUCACAAAGAGCUGAGCAGCCCAUCUACCUUGUCUUUCUGCUUCAGGACUCCAUCCAUGGCCUCGUUAAGCUUUUAUUUGCCACCAAUAAAAGUUGCUUAUUUGCUUUCUCUUUUCCUUUCUAUCCUUCUCUCUCUGUCUGUCUGUCUGUCUGUCUGUCUGUGAGCUGUCAAGGUCCAGAUGUCUUUUGGAAUGAGCAUAGUAAUUUGAGUGGUACUUAAUGGUCUGUUAGCGUUUAUGUGCAAAUUAAGUGAUACUCGAGAGCCUCUGGAAAAUUACAAUCUGUGGGCUAUGUCAUUGUUGAAUGAAACAAAUGCUGCCAGCAGUAUUACACCGUCUACUCGUCUCCAUCCACCAGUUUUGUGAUCUGUUAUAGGGAUGCAUGUCCCUCUCUCUCUCUCUCUCUCUCUCCUCUCUCUCUCUCUCUCUCUCUCUCUCUCUUUCCUCCCCCUCAGGAUGGCUCGUGUAACGGCCUUCAGCACUAUGCAGCCCUGGGUCGAGACGUGAUCGGUGCCACCUCUGUGAACCUCAUGCCCUGCGAGGUGCCCCAGGAUGUCUACAGCGGGGUGGCACAGCAGGUCAGUCAGCCUGGGCACCAGAGGGCGCAGUGGGCAGGGGUUCUAGCUAAUGCUGAGCUGGUUGAAACACCCUUAUCUUACCACCUAUACUGUAGCAUUUACACCAACGGUCAAAACAGCUUGGCUGGAAUGCCAAAAUUCAUGUUCUAUUUAACUUCUUAGGUCCUUGAAGAGUGUCUCACAUUAUCGAGCUUGCUUCUUUAUUCAUUUACCUGGUGGUUGGACUCCUAGGGAAUGCAAGUCUACUUUUUCCUUAGCACUUAGCACAGGAUACAAUAACCUGCUCUCCUCAGCCUUACAUCAGGCUUACUUUGCCUCUUUGCCCCAGAGCUCCUCUUUGCCCCAGUCCCUGCAGCACAGAAGGCACAGUCCAAGGAUUCUGCUCUGACCAAGCUGCAAAUUUUAGAGGGGAAACAAUUUGAGGCUAAUAGUGAGCCUAUUGAUUUUACAUUUACAUUUUACAUUUUAGUCAUUUAGCAGACGCUCUUAUCCAGAGCUUUAGCACCGGUGGGAGCGGAGAGUUUAUGUUUUGAUAAAAAAGCACAGUGUGGCCAUGCCAAAAACAUCAAGCCUCAUUUAGCUGGAGCAGCAGAGUACAUUGAGGAGUUCUCAAUGAGCUGGGCUGCCCGUCAGAAUCGUGCUGUAUCAGUGCUCUCUGCUCCCUCCUACCUCAUUGUCCACUCACCCCUGGGAGCUCUGAUUAGAAAGCAGCUGAUGAAAUCAGCUCCGCUCUGAGUCCUAGGGAGGAGAAACACCUCCUGGACACACAGGGCCCCAAUCAUCCAGGUUACAAUGUUUACAGGAAGGAUAAACCCAGUGUAUCUUUAAAGUGAUUGCAGUUCAUUGAUUCAGACUGUAGACUUAUAACUAGUACAGCAGGUUCUGUACAGGCUAUACAGCAAACUUCUGCUAAAGCAACUGCUCUAUUGAGUCAGUGUGGUAAUUGUGUCACAGUCACUGACAGUCUAAAUCAUUGUACUGUCAAUGUGGUGCUCUUAUGCUCCCAUAUUAUGCUCUGCGCCUGUCCGAGUCAAUGAGUGAUACUCUUUUGAGUCAGUGCGAUUCCCUUUGGACAAGAUAACAAUGUGUUUGGUGCUCUCUGUGGGUUUUAUAGGUGGAGGAGUUCCGUGCGCGGGAUGCGGAGAAGGGUCUGAAGAUCGCCCAGGUGCUGGAGGGCUUCAUCAGCAGGAAGGUGGUGAAGCAGACGGUGAUGACGGUGGUGUACGGGGUGACACGCUACGGAGGACGCCUCCAGAUAGAGAAGAGGCUCAAUGAGAUUGAUGACUUCCCC